UGCCCUGUGAAAUUGCGACGACGUGCCGCUUCCUUUUUCGUCACGCCAUUUUUCGUGCACACGACGACCGGAGGGUGUACGAGUCAGCGAAGUGUGGUGAUUUUUUGGCGUGAAUUUCAUCAAACACGGUCCAGUCAUGCAUAGAGACUGUCCUCUUGACUGUAAGGUCUAUGUUGGGAAUCUGGGCAACAAUGGAAACAAGACAGAGUUAGAGAGAGCAUUUGGCUACUAUGGCCCCCUCCGGAGUGUCUGGGUUGCCAGGAACCCCCCAGGUUUUGCUUUUGUAGAAUUUGAAGACCCCAGAGAUGCAACCGAUGCAGUGCGCGAACUCGACGGAAGGACAAUGUGUGGUUGCCGUGUUCGAGUGGAGUUGUCUAAUGGCGAGAAACGCAGCCGCAACCGUGGUCCUCCCCCUUCAUGGAGCAGGCGUCCACGAGACGAUUACAGGCGUCGUAGUCCACCACCCAGACGAAGAUCUCCUCGCAGGAGGAGCUUCAGCCGCAGUCGAAGCAGGUCCCUCUCCAGAGACAGGAGGAGGGAGAGAUCCCUCUCCCGGGAUAGGAACCACAAACCUUCAAGGUCCUUCUCUAGAUCACGGAGCCGCUCCAGGUCUAAUGACAGAAAGUAGAAGAAUGCAUGGCUGUCAAUUAUGAAGGGAGCUGAAGAUGUAAGAAACGGUUGUACUGGGUUUGCCGUUUCAUACGAUGGACUUUAACAAGACCCUCUGGUCAUUUUGCAUUGGAUUUUCUUCUCUCUGUUUCUCUCUCUCUUCUCUUUUUUUUUUCUUUUUUUAAUAUGUUUUAGUGGUGUAGGAGGUUUUGUUUUGUUGGCUUUGGUAAUGCAUUUUACCUGAUUCCUCUUAAUGUGUACAGUAAGUGGAUGUGUGCAGGUGUUACGCUUGACCCCAAGUCCUGUCAGUGCUGAAGCGUAGUUGUGUCAGCCAUCAUUCCAGUUCAGUUAAUCACUUAAGAGCGUUCUUUUUUGUCAAUGAAUGUACCGUGUAGUUUGACGUAGUGUAACAGUUCAUUAUUAUUGUGUAAAAGCCAACAGGAUUUUUGAAUCAGGAAGGAUGGGAUUGUGAAGGGAAUUCCCUCCCUUGGAUCGUAUGUUCCCCCAGCCUAAUUUCUUAUUUAACUGCGAUUUUCAUACUUCAGACUUCUAUUGGUAAAUGGUUGGCCAAUUGAAUAAAGACAUUGAUUUGUAACAUGUCAUUGAAGAAUAUGUAAUGAACACAAGUAUACAUUUUUGACAAUAAAGGAUUCCACUGUUUUUCUUUUACAUGUGUAAUGGUCUCAAUUAAAACUACUGGUUGUA